UCGGCUGUUUAUUUCCGGCAGCAGGCGGAAGUAGAAACAGGGGGCUUGUGGAGGUGACCGAAUGGCAAAUAGCAGAAUCGUUUUGGAAAUACUAGAUUAGCGUGGAGCAGAAGCUACAAACACGGCAUAAUAAUUUUUGCUAACAGCGCACAAACAUCGUCGUUACCAUGGGAGCUCACCUGGUCAGACGGUAUGUCACCGAGACAGACACCGAACCGGAUCCAGCGAAGAAAAAUGAGUUCGACCCCGAGUUUGGCUUCCCAGAGAGGAAAGAGAGAGAGAUGGUAGCAAGCCAGAUGCAGAUGAACUUGGCCCAGCUGCCUCUGGAGCAGAGGGACUACUGUGCCCAGUACCUCCUUAAACUCAUGAAGUGCAAGAGGGACAACUGGCCCAACUUCCUGGCCUGCAAGCAUGAGAGACACGACUGGGACUACUGCGAACACCAGGACUAUGUGAUGCGUAUGAAGGAGUACGAGAGAGAGAGGAGGCUCCAGCUGAGGAAGAAGAGAAUCGAGGCUCAGGCUGAAGCUGCGUGAUCAGUACAUCCUCUGAUGCAUCUUCUACUCUGUAUAUAUGUGCUGCCGUUCACAAUAAACAAUAUUGUUUAAGCUCUUCCA